AUGAAGUUCUCCACAUUCUUGCCACUCGCCGCUCUAGCCUGCGCAGCUCAAAGCUUGGCCAUCAUCACACCGAACGCCGACUACCAGCAACUUUUCGGCGAGAGAGACCUCGAUGGGCCAACCCAGUUCCUCGAGAGACGACAACAAGGUAUUGGAGGUGCUGGUCAGAACGGUCCUGGCUACCAGACAGUCCCCAACGUACCUUUUAAUGGAAACGACUCGCUCCCCUAUUCGCCACCCUUUUACCCAACGCCUCAGACUAAAGGAACCUCACAAAAGUGGAAAGAUGCCAUCGGAAAGGCGCGAGCUUAUCUGCAGCAGUUCAACCAGACUGAAAAGGUCAUGCUUACCACCGGUUCUGGCUGGACUCGAGGCCCAUGUGUUGGAAACAUUGCACCCAUUCCUCGUGUCAACUUUCCUGGUAUGUGUCUCAUGGACGGUCCAGCCGGUGUCCGAGGCACUGACCGUAUCACGUCGUUCCCAGAUGCCAUCACCGCUGCCGCUUCCUUCGACCGCGAUCUCUUCUACAAGCGCGCCUACGCCCUUGGCGAGGAGUUCAAGACCAAGGGCGCCAACAUAUGGCUUGGUCCCAUGAUGAACCUGGCUCGCUCCCCCGCGGCUGGUCGCUCAUGGGAAGGCUUCGGUGCUGAUCCUUACCUGAACGGUGAAGGCUCGUAUUUCUCCGUCCUUGGUGCUCAGGACGCAGGUGUUCAGGCCACACUCAAACAUUACAUCAACAAUGAGCAGGAACACUUUCGAAACGAGGGGAGCUCUAACAUCGACUCUCGCACCGAGCGAGAGCUCUACCUUCACCCUUUCCUUCGAGGUGUUCAGGCCGGUGCUGCAUCUAUCAUGUGCUCGUACAACCUAGUCAACAACAGUUGGGCCUGCCAGAACUCGGAACUGCUCAACAAUCGUCUCAAGACCGAGCUCGAGUUCCCUGGUUAUGUUAUGUCGGAUUGGGGUGCUCAGCAUGCUGGUGUUGCUUCGGCCAAUGCUGGCCUGGAUAUGACCAUGCCUGGUGAUGUUCUCUGUUGCUCGCGUCAGGAAGGCUCGCUUUGGGGCGGAAACCUUACCAACGCCAUUAACAAUGGCUCUGUGACUACCACACGUCUUGAUGACAUGGCUACUCGUAUCCUUGCUGGCUGGUUCCUCCUUGGACAGGAUCAAGGAUUCCCAGAGCCCAACUUCAACUUUUUUGACAAGAUGGACCCUGCUACCAAUCAACACAUUGAUGCUACAGCGGACCACUACAAGAUUGCGCGCGAAGUGGCCAGUGCAGGCACUGUCUUGCUAAAGAACCAUCGUCACGCUUUGCCGCUCAACAAGCCGCGCAAUAUGGCCGUCGUUGGUUCGGAUGCCGGACCUCUCUAUCAGGGAUCCAACUAUUGGCCUGAUCGUGCUCAGAAUGGUGGUUUGCCGUACGGCACGCUUGGCCAAGGUUGGGGUUCUGGCGCCAGCGACUACUCGUACUUUUUCUCUCCUUAUGAGGCUUUGCAGGCGCGUGCUCGCGAGGAUCGCACAGACUUCCAGUGGAACUUUGACGACUUCAACAUUGCUCAGAGUGUCAAGAUUUCUAACAUGACCGACGUUGCGCUCGUCUUUGUCAGCGCUGAGAGUGGCGAAGGUUAUAUCACCGUCGACCAAAACGAAGGCGAUCGCAACAACUUGACGCUCUGGAAUCAGGGUGAGCAGCUUAUCCGCAACGUGACUGCCGUCAACAACAACACGGUCGUCAUCAUUCACUCGGUAGGCGCUGUCGAUAUGGAGAGUUUCGCCGAGAACCCCAACGUAACGGCCAUUGUCUGGGCUCAGCUUCCCGGCAGUGAGAGCGGUCGUGCUCUUGUGGAUGUGCUGUAUGGCGAUUAUAACCCCAGCGGCCGGCUUCCUUAUACGAUUGGUAAGAACCGCACAGACUACUCUGCGGAUGUGCUUUACUACAACGACACUGUCACGCCUCAGAUCAACUACACGGAAGCCCUCAACAUUGACUACCGCCACUUUGAUGCGAAGAACAUUGAGCCUCGUUACGAGUUUGGUUUCGGCCUGUCUUACACCAAAUUUUCGUAUUCCGGUGCCUGGACGCAGCAGGUAGGAUGGGCCGACAACAGCUGGUGGGGAUCCUCAAAUGCAUCGACAGGUCUGCCGGAAUGGCUCUUCCAACCCAAGUACGAGCUCACCUUUUCGCUCACCAACUCUGGCGAUCGUGACGGCCAUGAAGUGUGGCAAGCGUACCUCGAGUUCCCGCGCUCGUCAGGCGAGCCGCCAAAGGUACUGCGUAACUUUGGGCGCGAGUGGGUCAACAAGUACAACACAAUAGAGGUCAAAUUCACGCUUAGCCAAUACGACGUUUCGACGUGGUGCAACAAGAAGAACCGAUGGCUGCAGCCUGAGGGCAAGCUCAAGGUGCUCAUUGGUGCUUCGUCUCGUGAUAUUCGCCAGGCCGUCGUUCUCAACUGA